UUCUGUUUUUUUUCAUUUUCAGAGUAAUGGGUUAAAAUGCUUUCAUGAUGGCUACAAAUUCUGCUAGUACCAACAGGUCAUCCGUGUCUAAAAAAAAGCAAGGUAUAACACGGCAGUCAUCCUUUGUUGAUACAGGAAAUAUGAUGGUCAAGAAAAUACAGCCAGUAAAACCUAAAGUGACAAAACCUGUUAAAAAAACUUUGAAAAAUGUACAGCCCACAGCAAGCAAGGAAGAAAACAGAACAACAGAAGAACAGAUAAAGAAAGCUGAGGCUAAGUUUGAGAGGUUAUUGGAAGGAUGUUUGGAGGAUUUACCUAAUUUACCUCAUUCUACAGUUAGGAUAUUUAUGAGUUCUACUUUUUCUGAUAUGAGAGCUGAAAGAAAUGCCAUUGUCAGAGAUGUCAAUCCACUCCUCAAGGAGUAUUGUGCCAAAUAUGACCUCGACUUUCAGAUUGUAGAUAUGCGCUGGGGUGUAACUGAAGAUAGCCAAAAUGACCAUUCUGUGGAAAAAAUUUGUUUGCUGGAAGUGGAAAAUUGUCAGAACCUUUCUUUAGGACCUAAUUUCAUUUUUAUAUCAGGUGAUAGAUAUGGAUUUAGACCAAUCCCAAUAGAAAUUGAUAUGGAAGAAUUUGAUACCAUAAAGAAAGUUGCUGAGGAAAACUCUUUACCUGAUACUAAACUAUUGGAUGUUUGGUAUUUACUGGAUGAAAAUGCUAAACCACCACUGUACAUUUUACAGCCAAUCAGAUCACAGUUUACAUUUUAUGGAGAUUACUCCACUGGAUGUGAAGAACCAAGAGCUAAAGACACAAUGGGUUGGGAGGAAACAUUUAAAUCUCUACAGACAGUUCUAAGGAAAGCAGCAACAUUAGCCUGUAAUGCUAAACAACUCAGCAAGGACAAACUUCACAAAUAUUUUUAUUCAGUGACUGAGAUUGAAGUCAAUAAAGGCAUCUUGACUGCCGAAGAACCCAAACUUCAUACUAGUACUUAUCAGAGAGAUUUACGUGGCUUGGAUGGCAAUAAUAUCACAGAUGAUACAGCUAAAAGAUACUUUGACACUAAAAUGAAAAAUGGAAAGAUGGUAAUUGAUGAAGAAGCUAAGUCACUAAGAGAGAAAGUAAGAGAAAAAAUUCCAUCUGCAUUGAAGAAAUCUGGUCGAAUCCAUCAGUAUCAAGUUAAAUGGCAUAAUGGUGGAAUUGAUCCUGAAAAACAUGUAGAGCAACGUAAUUAUGUCAGGCAUCUUUGUGCUGAUCUUAUCGAAGACAUUUGUGAACUUAUUGAUAAGGCCAGAGAAGACCAGAAAGGUCUGAUAAGAACUUCAGAAUAUUACACAGACUAUCAAGAAGUACUUCAUCAUCAGCACUUUUGUAAACUAAAAUGCGAGACUUUCUGUGGUAGAGUUGAUGUUUUACAGCAAGCCAAAGAAUAUAUUCUCAAGGACAAGUCCAGAAGACCACUCAUUCUAUAUGCUCCAUCAGGUGCUGGAAAAACAUCUGUUAUGGCCAAAAUUUUGCAGAAUCUGCCAGAAUGGUUUAAAAAGGAGCCUCACAUUGGAAUUAUUAGAUUUUUAGGCACAUCUCCUUAUAGUUUGAACAUAUAUGAUGUACUAUAUGGAAUUUGUGGACAACUUGCUGACUGUGCAAAACUAUUGAUGGAGCCAGUUGGGUACAAAAAUAUGAAAAACUUAGUAGAAUAUAUGCCAAGAUUCUUACGUCGAGUAUCAAACAAGGUGAAAAAGCCAAUUCUUAUUCUUCUAGAUUCUCUUGAUCAGCUUUCAGCAAAAGAUGAUUCAUACUUGUUAAAUUGGCUGCCUACAGUCCUCCCGUCAAACUUGAGGAUAAUUGUAUCAACAUUACCUAGGGAACAUGAAAUUUUGGACACAUUGCAGAAACUAUUUCCAGAUACUACUAACUUUGUAGAAGUUCCGUCUUUACCAGAUGACACAGGCUUUGAAAUGAUUGACAAAUAUCUAGCAAAAAAGAAGAGAGCUGUUACACAAAUUCAAACAAAGCAGCUUGUCAGUGCAUUCAGAAAUUGCAGAGGUCCAUUGUUUCUAAAACUAAUCCUCGAUGAGGCUGUUAACUGGAACUCAUACACACCAGAUCAUGCUCUAGUUUUGCAAGAUUCAGUACAAGGAGCCAUAAACCAGCUGUUUGACAACAUGGAAAAGAAAUUUGGGCAAGUUUUGAUAAGCCAUGCUCUAGGUUACAUUACAGUUGCCUUCAAUGGAAUUUCUGAUCUUGAAUGGGAGGAUGUGUUAUCCUGUGAUGAUGAAGUUCUAGAUGAUAUCUACCGCUACCAUAAUCCACCAGUCCCUGGCAUUGUACGAAUGCCACCAGUACUUGUAGCAAGGAUAAGAUAUGAUCUCAGAGAAUAUAUUGUCGAGAGAAGAUCAUUUGGGAAAACAACACUGAAUUGGUAUCAUAGGCAGUUCAUUGAGACAGCUCAUGGAAGAUAUGCAACUGGCAGUGCAGGCAAAAAAUUACACAAGGUUUUGGCAGAAUAUUUCAUUGCCAAUGAUGGUAUUCAAAGGGACAUAACCCUUCACAGACGAAAACUGACAGUAGAGAAAGCAGAUAGACAAGUCACAAAACAACCACUUGUUGUGAAGAAUCAAAGAAAACUGAUAGCUGUCCCAUAUCACAUUACCCUUGCAGGAGAUCAGAUAGAUCCUUCAAUUGCCAAGUCAGAAUGCUUUUGUAAUUUGAAUUUCCUUACAGUGAAAAUGCCAUUAUCAACCUUGGUGGAUGACAUGACAGAAUAUUUGGACAAAACUGAUGAUGAAGAGGUGGCAUUCUUAAGAAAUUACUUCCUUGUCUCAAAAUCAGGAAAUGAUAGUGGAACAAACCUAUCAAUUAAUCUACUUUCACAGUUACAUGUAGAUGAGAGUCAGAAAUAUCUAAAGGAAUUACUGCAGCAAGCUAAAGAUGAAGUCUCCUCUAGUAAGUCUCCUUUACUUAUACCUGUAUUUCCAUGUCUGGCACCAAGAAAAGAUGCUUCUUCAGCUCUUUUGAAAAUUUAUGAUGAUGUAGAUGAUAUCAUCUCAAGUGGUUCAGAAUCAGUUUUGAUGACAAAUGUGAAAGAGGAAGAUGAUGAUGAAAAAAGGUACUUAGUUUAUGAUGCCAUUAAUAAUGAUGUUAACCAAUUAAGCCAUGACAAGGAAUUCAAGCCAGUAAUGCCACCCAUAGUGGAUCAUUCUGAGAAAAGAGUAAUAAACUUAGGCAGAGACAGCCUUCAAAUAUUCCAUUUACACAAUCAAGUUACAAACACGAAGAAGUUUUCUGAAAUUUUUGAAGAUCUAGGGAAAGAGAUGUAUCCUACAAUGAGUUGCCUAAGUACCGAUUUCUUACAUUUGACAAUUUUAUUUAGCAAUGGUGAUGUUCUAAUAUUCGAUACAAACAGCUUCAAAAAAGUUGACUUCAUCACAUUGAGAGAAGAUGCAAAUGAUGUUUCUAACAUUAUCACUACAAGUAUUGACAAUUUAAAAAUCAUUUUCACUAUUAAUACUGUUGUAAGUGAAAAGGAAAAUGAAAAAGAUGGAGUUGUUAGAAUCCAUGUUGUUGGUGCUGCAGAAAAUGGAAAAAUGGUGAAAACUAAUCAUCCUUUUACCAGAGGCCUUGCUGCAGUUGGUUUUAAUGAGAACCUGCUUGUAGGAAGAAGUAACAGAGAAACAGAUGGAACUUUGACAGUUGUUAACCUAGAUGAGGUCAAAAUAACUAUCACAGAGGACUGCUCUUCUAAAAUACUGGAAUUAUCUGUGGCACAUUCCCAUGCACUGGCUGCCAUUUGGCUGGAACAAGGCUUUGUAGCUGUGUACGACAUUUCUAAUGGGGAGGUUAUCCAACAAUUAAACAUAGAUAAUACUAUAACAAGUUUUGGAGUGAGCUGGAUCAAUGAUUUAGUCUUUAUUGGGGACAACCAAGGGCAGAUUAUUAUGUACAAAGCACAGACAGGGGAACACUUUGGAGAUUUCAAGGCUGAAAAUAAUGAAAUCAUGAAAGUGGCAGUACUUGAAGAUCAAGUUGUUACGGUGAGCAAAAAGAAUACAGCAAAAGUUUGGGAGCUAACAACAUUACUAAAUACUGAUGGAAAUCAAUCAUCCAGAACAGAGGUCAAUGGAGAGGGUUCAGAAUUGCUGGCACAAAAGGAUAUCAUAAGUUUUGAUGUUGACCUUAAAGGACACUGCAUCAUAACUGCUUCAGAAGACAAAAAUAUAAGGGUCUGGUCUGUAGACAAUGUAGAACUACAAAAAAUAAUCUACAUUGGAAUCACUGGUCACAAAGUAUCAGCAACUAUCAACUCAAUGUGUAUUAUUUUAGAUGGUCAAGCUCAUACUUUAAAAGUACUUGAUUUUGAAGGAGGAUUGGAGAAAAUGAGCAUAAGACAUGUUGUAAGUUUUUGUCAGGGAAAAGAUCAUAAGACAUUAUAUGUCCUGAAAACUGGUGAAAAGAAUCAUUUUAUUGAAAUAAUAGAUAUCAGUCUUCUCAAGUCCAAAACUUCCUUUCUGUUAAAGCAGAAGCUGUCUUAUGAAAGUGUAGAUUUGUCCAUAAAUGAAUCAGAACGCUAUCUCAUACUAAGAGUUAAAGUUCUUGAAAAAGAAUAUGCUGAUAUCCAAACAUCAUGGCGUAAACAAGGUGGGGGAUUUUUACCUCAGUCUCAUAAACACAGGUUUUAUGCUAUAGACAAAACACAAGCUACUGGAGGACUAAUGCCAUGUAAUCGAAUUUUAACAAAGAUUCCACAUCUAGGAGAAGUUGUCUGCCCCUAUCAAGGAAAUGUCAUGAUGGUCACAACUCGUCGUUGGGUAGUGUUUUGGGAUAUUCCUACUGGCAAAUCUGAUCAGAGAGUGACAAAAGGAGUAAAACUUGGAUUUAUGUAUCGACCAGAUCACUUGGGCAAAUCUUGUGAAGGGACAAGUCUAGCAGUGGAACAAAGUAAAGAUGGACUGUAUGUAGCUAUAGGAUCUGAAGAUGGCUUCAUGAUUGUGUGGGAGGCCAACACUGGCUUACCGGUGGGAAGGAAAGAACCAAAGAAAAGGCACACAGCAUCGGUGGUCACCAUUGCAAUAUCCCCAGACAGUAAAUGGGUUGCAUCUAGGUGUCUGAAUAACAUACUGAUACUAUGGGACAUCACUACUGGAACAGAUGUUGUCAAACUAAAAAUCCCCUUGGAUGUCCAACAGAUGAAGUUCACAGCUGAUUCUAAACACCUGGUUAUCAACACAGGAGUUCAUAACACUAGAAUGUUAGUGUACAGACUUCAUGUCGGACAACAGUAAUACACAUGAAAAGUCUACACAAAAUGUGUAAAUUUGCUCAAAUUUUGUUGUUUUUUUAAAAACUCUACAACUCACAAUCUUAAAAUCAAACAGUUGUUUGAGUUUGAUAUUUUCUAAAGAGGAAAUCUAAGCGUGUUGAAGCUGAGUUCAAGGGCUGAUAGAUUCAGAUUUCAUUAAAAGAAGGUAAAUGGAAGACUGAAAAAAGGUGGAGAUAUGCAGAAUCUUUUUGAAUAUUACAAGUAACAGAGAUUUUUGGAUAGGCAGGUUAUUUGAUUAGAGAAUUGAUUCAUUUUUAUUGUAGAUUGCAAUAGUCGCUUUGGAAAACUAUUGUUUAAUUGUUUGAAAAGAACACUAAAAAUGAGUGCAGAUUUUCAGUAUUGUAAUACAUUGUUUAACUUGAAACAUUGUUGUUACUUCUAAAUUUGAUAAAACCAGACAUUUAUAUUUGUAUUUUCUAAUUUGUAAAUAUUUUUCAUUUUCCUGAAAAAAGACAGAUUUUUUUUUUGUCUUUCAGUUUUGUUUUUGUUUUAAUCACAAAAAAUUAAGAAUGUGAGGAAGGAACCUAUCUAUCCAAAUCUAUAAAUUCAUUUUAUUCAUUGUAUGUAUUGUCAAAAAUAUUUGUGAUCACAUGUAUUUACAAUGGUAAAAGAUGAAAGAUAAAAAAAAAAAUUGUCAAAAUGGCUGUAUUGCUGUGAUCUUUUUUACAUAUGAUUUACACAUUUCCUUGUUUAAUCACAUUUGGAAUAUUAUAUAUACCAAAACAAUUGUAUUUAUUGUUUUUAUUUUUUUGACUUGUAAUAAUAUUAUAUAUUAUUCUGUUAAAAUAGACUAUUUUGUGCAUUUAGAACUAUGCAAUAUAAUUUUUUUCAGCAAGAAUUACUUUUUGCACACUGUUUCCUACUAAGUUCUACACAACUUAUUAUUUAAGAUUAAGCACAGUUUUUUGUGCUGUUUUUACACUUAGUUUUUUAAUGAUUAAGUUCUGUUUUAAGAUUUACUAUUUGUGAUACCCAUACUGAUUAAUUUAUUAUUGGUCCCUUUGCCUUACUGGCUUCAAUAACAUUAUUUAAGUUAAUACUUCUUAUACCCAAAGUAGUAUAUCAAUGAGUUUCAUCCUUGAAAUACUCAUGUAUAAUUCUUCUGAAUAUAAAUUUUAUUUUAUUACCAUUCCCAUAUUGUUACUUUUAUAUCAUUAUUACAACCCUCUUAUAUAGCCCAACCCAUAUUUCUGAAAAUGAACUGCAUCUGAUGCUUCAUUGACUUUAGUGAAACUUUUAAUUUUUUAGAGACCAAGUGUCUUAUGUUUCAACACCAGAGUUCCCUUAUGAAUAAGGAAAAGUUCUGUUAUAAAUUUGAUGUAUGGACAUAUUAAAGUAAAAAAAUAGGUGUAAAUCUUCAUGAAGUGGAAAUGUGUGUUUUACCAACUUAUUUCCUAGUAAUCUCAGGUAUAUAUUUGAAAUAUGAUAAUUUUUACUUAGUCUUGUAUAUUUAUAUUAAAUUAGCAGUAGUCACACGUUUCAUAGUUUUAUAUCAAAUUUUAUGAAUAUUUAUAGUUUGUCAUCUUCUCCCUCUAUAUGAAUGUCUGUGGCAUAGCUGUGGUAGAAAUGUUGGGAAAAAUAAUUCUUGGACGGAAAUGUCUCAAUGAUUUUAUAUAUGGAUUCUGCAGUACCGAUGUAAUAUACCAUGAUGUUGAUAUUAUUUUUGAAAUACAUGCAAUUACAAUCAUGGAUGCAUGAAAUUCAUUUUAUUUUUCAACUCCCUCAAAAUUAAGCAUUCAUAAAAUUGAUGAAAUUUCAUUAAUAAUAAAAUUAACAAAAUUGUUGAGUAUUUUUAAAAUCUAGAACUGAAUUCUGUUACUCUGUUGGCCUCUUGUAAAAUAAUUAUUUAUGUUAAGAAACUGAUUAAUAAUUUAAGUAAUUUUUUCAAUUUUGCAUUUCCAUUUUUUGCAAAUUUAAUCAUAUAUUUGAACACGCUAAUUUUCACAUAAAAAUAUUUUGAUGAACUGAAAGUAACAUAUUCAUUAUAAUAAGGGAGGUUUCAUGUACCAUUAAAACUUCAUUUCAUCACCCAAGGAAAACAUUUCUUCUCUUCAGUUUUUUUUCAUUUAUAUUGCCAUCACAGUUUUCUGAUUUAGUCCUAAACAGAGUAGGCAUUUAUGAUUAAUUAUUCUGAUUUAUGUUUCUCAAUUAUGCUUUACCUUGGAUUCAUCAUUAUUUGUGGCUUUCGUGUGUACAGGUGAACCACAAAUUUAAAUUUUCAACAAAUUUCAAAUAUUCUAUUAGCUUGUAUGCAGAUUUUGGCAAAACCAUGAAAGAAAUAUCCACAAAAUUGCAAGUUUUACUCAAUCCACUAAAACUGGUAUCCACGUAAAUAAAUGAAUCCACAGUACAAAAUAUAAAGUUCCACGUGUUUGUUGUUAUAAAUAUGGAUAUUGUACGACACUUUCAAAUGUUAAUGAUUUUUAUUACCUUUGUUUUUUCUUCAUCUUGAUUUUCCAUUCUCAACUUAACAUCUCAAAUGCAAAAGGAACAUUAUGUCCCUUUGCCUCUCUUGGUUAAACUCAGAUGCAGCAAGUUUUCAUAUUAGUGAUAUUUAAGAAUGAAUAUUUUUGGCAACAUGUUGCAUUAGCACCUCGUGUCCUAACUGAAAGUACAGGUACUUGUGGACUGGAUACCCUUUGGGUGCCCUGAAUGGGAGUUCCCCGAAUUUCAACUAAUACUGCAUGUGUGUUCAUUGUUUUGUUGUUGUUUUUUUUUCUUUGUUGGUAGGUGAUACAUGUAUUCAAUUCUAAUGCAAUUUAGCAUGUAACAUCAAUUUUGAUUGGAUGACAUCUAGCGUCAAUUCCACGGUUGACUGUAGAGUCAUUAGCAACAAUGUUGUGCAAUCGCAGCCUAUUUUGAUUGGAUAUUUGAAGUAUUAAUUUUGAACAUUUUAAGAGUAUUGCAUAUAGGAAUAACACAACUGUAUUUGAAGUUGCCACCAUAAAUUUUUAAUUUGACGGUGGCAACUCUUCAAAAAAAGUAUUCGAAAAAAUACAGAACUCCAAGGUAUAUUCAAAAUGGGGAAGUCCAUAAAAACUGACAAAAUCAAACUUUUAUCAACUAACGGAACGAGUGGAAACAACUAUCAUAUUCCUGACUUGGUACAGGCAUUGUCCAAAAAAAAAAGUUGUUUUAACCCGGUUUUAUAGCUAGCUAAACCUCCCACUUAUGACAGUUGUUUAUAGAUCACCAUAAUGCAAAUACAAGACUGUUAUUUCUAAAAAUAUUACAACAAAGGACUUGUACAUGAAAUUUCUAUUAUUAUUUUUAUGCAAAUUAGGCUGGAUAUAUUCAAGUUAAAACAGUUUAGAUAUAUUAUAUUCAAACAUAAUUUUUUUGACAAAUUAACAAAUUUUGUGCAGCAAAUAUUUUUUUCAAUAUAAAAUCUUUUAUUACUACCAGGAUGUUUAUUAGCCAUAAAGUUCUCCCAGUUAGGAAACAUAAUUUUCAAUCUUUUCUGAAAGAAAAAAUUCCCAUAGAGCUACAAGUACAAAAAUAUUGGGCUUCUACUUGUGUCUACAUGGAUUCAUUCAUGAUGGAUAAUUUCCAUACAAAGACUGUCUCUCAAAUUGUUUUUCUAUUUGGAAAAUAAAAGUUCCAGGAUAUACUGGCUAGUUUUUAUUUAAAAUUUUUCUUUUGAACAGUGGCUAGAUAUGAAAAGUUAAGUAAUAAGUUGAUCUAACCCCAUGACAAGUUCUUGUUGUAUGUUAUGAAGGAAAAAUUUGCUCUCCAGAACAAAAUGAAUGGUGUAUUUAAGUUGGUGUAAUAUCGCCUACUAUAUGUCAUGCAGUUGUGCUUUUGUGUAGAGAUUGUUUAAAAACUAUCAGAUAUUUUUCUUUUAUGUCUUAACAAAUAUUCGAAUCAAUUAUAUUUUAUUACUUAUUUUAAAUAUUUCAUCCUUUAGUGACCUGAUGCAUUCCUUGUGAUUGCAAAACACUCUAAAAGGUAACACUUCAAGUAAUUUUGAUUAUAGACAGUCAGUAAAAAAUUGAUCUGUUUUUAGGUGAAUGAAUGAAGGUUACUGAAGCAUCCAUGAAUUAGAGUAAUUUUAUCCCAAUUUGGAUACUUUGAUAACUGAAGCAGAGGCAAUCAAUGCAUUUGGUAAUAAAUUAGAAUUGUAUGUACAAUGAAAAGAGACGCCAGGACUCUUUAAAAAUAUUAUUCAUUGUUACAAAAACUGCAAGUAAUUGUGAUUCUGAUUAAAUAAUACGGAAAUUAAAAAUACAUUAGGGGACUGGUGGCAGCCUUUGGGUGUUACAUCAUUAAUAUUUUGUAUUUGUAGUUUAUAUGGAGUCUUGAAAGGUUAUUAGUUUUAUUAUGAAUUAAUAAGCAUCAUCUGUUCAAAUAUUUUCCAUCAUAAACAACAAGUUUUUACUCCUUAUUUUUUUAAGUAUGGAAUUCGUAACUCAAAAUUUAUUUAUUUAAUUUCUUUUCCUAAAAUUUCUAAGAUUAGUAUAAAUAUGGGUAAGCAAAUUUGCAUUUCUAAAGAUUGAAAACUGCUUUGUAAUUUUAAGCUACAGUAUGCCUUCACAUUUGAAGAAAGGGAAGGUAUUUUCUUAGAGCUUUAGAAGUAAGUUUUUGAUAUAUACAUGUUUUUUUUUGUGUAAUGAAUUGAAAUUUUGAGUCUAAAAACUGGAAAUAUGUCGGAAAAAUUGGAGACAAAUUCUUGAAUUACUAAAAGAAAGGACAUUCUUUAGUAUGUUUUUUUUCCUAUUAUGUUUUAUUCAAUUGUAUUGAAUGGUAUAUUUAUUACUUUAUUAAAAAAAAUCAAAAGCUAUCAGAGAAAGUGUGUGAAAAUGACUCUUGUACUUGCAGUGUUUUCCCUGGACAACUUUUGAAUAAAGUGCAUCAGUAAUAUUAGUCAGCAUCAUAUAAUUUUUACCCUAGUGUUAUUACAACUCAUUCAAGUAUUCGUUUAUAAUUUAUAAUGCUCACCCUGAUGCUAUAAAUUCAUCUCCCAGUGCAUUUCUUUAUUGACGAUGUUCGCCCUGAUGCUACUCAAGUGCAUUUCCUAUCUGCAAGUGAGAUUCCUUGCAAAAACUCUUUGAGGAGUUUGUUGAUUGCCUGUGGCCAAGCAAAAUUCUGCCACUAUUCAGCAUUUUGUCUUUUUCUAUUGAUGUGACAGGAUUCCUUCUCUUUUUAUCCUGAGUUUCCCACUUUGCAGAACCUAUCUAUUGGAUUGAUUGUUGAUCCAUGUACUUUGUUCUUGUCCAGUGAAUACAUGAAAUAUAUUUGUUGGACAAUAAGCUAACAACAAUCUAUCAAACAAUUCAGUAUUUUUUUAUCAAUUAAGCUUACUCUGCUAUCAUGAUGAUUUUAAAAACAAAAAUUUGAUUAUGGUGCCAUUACAGAUAUUUUGGGAGGUCACAGCCAUGCUCACAAAUGGUGAAUGUAGUACGGUAAUUCAUCACAAAUUAUGGCAAAAUUUACUCACACAUUCAAUGAUUAUUUGUUCUGUUUCAGAAAUAGAUAAAAGAAUGUGGCAUAUCAUAUUUAUAUUAGAUGUUAUAUUUUUUAUUACUGUUUUUUUUAUGCCAUGUGAUAUUUUUUAUAUCCCCAUUCAGUAAAGUGGGGGAUAUAUAGUUAUCAUUGUUUGUUUGUGUUUGUCAGGUUUUUUUUUUUUUGGUUUGCACACUAAAUCCACAAUGUCUAUAAAAACAUAUACUUGAUUUCAACUUACAGAACAUCUUCUGAGACAUAAUGAGUCUUCUGCUUCCUCAUUUUUCUAUCCAUUUAAAUUUUAGGGUUUCCCAUAACAAAACAUGGACUUUCCCAUACAUAUACUGAUGUGGGUAGGCAUCUUAAAUUAUGAGGGGCACACUCCUUGAAUCUUAAUUAUAUAAUGCCACUGCACAUCUUUUAUUUCAUAUUUUAGAUCUGAAAUGUAUUUUCUGUCUAUACAAAUGGGUUUAGACAUCUUGUAUUGGCAAUUCCUCCUAAGACAUUUACUGGAUUUCAAACCUUUUUGUUCUGAUUAUGAAAAUGUAUUUGUUGUUGUGGAAAUAUUAACGGUUACUAAGCUCUACUUAUAGUUUUUAUACUUGUACAUUUAAUUUAUUAGUUAUAAAUUGGAUAUUUACACUAAACCUAUUUAAUGAUUAAAAGAGUUUUUUUGAUAUUGUUA